AUGGGGCAGGAGGGUGGGAACUCGGACAGGGCAGAUAACACCCAGACCGAAGUUGAGUCUGAGGUAAUGGUUAUCAAUCAGGUCAAGUCCACCUCCCUGUAUCAUAUAACAAUCCAAGUGGCGGAUACACUGGUAGAUGCGGUUAUUGACACUGCAGCGGAGUCGACAAUACUUUCCGAGCAGGUCUUCCAAACCUUGCAGCCUAGACCACCAACCCUGUGUAAGAUGAAAUUUCUUACAACUGGCAGGGAUAUGUCAAUGUCAGGGCAAAAAGGAGGCCCAGUGGACCUAAAGGUCAGGUCUAUGUCCUCCAAAGAAAUACUACUGCAUGUGGCUCCGAUAGAGGAUGACAUGUUACUGGGGUUUGACUUCCUGGUCCGGAAAGGAGUGAAGUUGGACAUGAAGAAUCACCUACUUACCAUAGGGGAGAGCACCAUACCACUUCGUGUCGGGAAUCUUGAUUCCACACCAAGGGUAUGUAGGGUGACAGUAGCCAAGAGGCGCGUCAUUCCACCCAACUCUGUGGCGAGAGUAAAAUGUCACCUCAAUAAGCCAUUACCGGAUUAUUUCAUCGAGGCCGAUGAAAAUCCCAAACUAAUGAUCCCAAGGACGGUUCAUCUAAGCGGGGAUCAACCACACAUCUGUGUCGUGAACGUGACCGAUAAUUUCAUGGUUAUGAAAAAGGGUCAAACUGUGGGGGCCGCUAUAGAAACGGAUAUACUCACAGAUGUUAGCCCAGAGUGGGGCGGGACAGCAAAGGAAGGGCCAAAAGCAGCCACAUGUUCUCUGGAAAAAGAGGAUAUUCUGGAACAUUUAAUAGAUAUGCUGGAGGCGUCCAAAGGCAAUUUAUCGGAAGAGGAGUGCAGUAAGUUGACGGAAGUUAUCUGUAGCUUCCCUGAUGCUUUUGCUUCCCACGUGUAUGAUCUUGGUUCUUUCCGUGAAAUUGAGCAUAAGAUCGACACCAGGGAUACAUCUCCAAUUAAACAGAGAAUGAGGCGUACCCCUAUCCAUUUCGCCAAGGAGGAAGAGGGGGAGCUCAAUAAAAUGUUGGAGGCAGGGGUGAUCGAACCUUCCGUAUCUGAGUGGGCCUCGGCUCCCGUCCUGGUGCGAAAACGGGACGGGUCCGUAAGAUUCGUUAUUGAUUACAGGGCCCUCAACAAUAUUACGGUGAAGGACGUGUACCCCCUUCCGCUGGUCGAAGAUUGCGUGGAUACCCUAUCUGAGAACAGGUGGUUUUCUAAAUGA